AUGGCCGGAAUCAACCACGUCGAGGGCUUGACCUUUACUUUCUGCUGGCAAGCACGCAACAUGAAAUCACUAUCAUGCUUCGUGGUUGCGACACUACCUCUCCUCGUUGAACAUACUUGGGCUGGCUCGGGCAUAAUGUGGACGAAGAAGACGAACAGUUCUAUCUUUCUUGCAACAUCGAUCGCAUCCGGAAACGCUGAGGCAUCCAGCCUGUUCUCGGGUUGUCAAGUCUACGACGCGGGUGGCACUGCAAUCUCGAAUGGCUCAGGCUUUCCUUGCGUCAAGCUUGUCUUUGGAUGGAUGCUCUAUGCCAUGGCUGUGACGCCCAACGGCGACAACGACGUUGCUACCGCCAUUUCCGGCCCCGGCAAUGUGACACAGCACUUCUCCCAGCACAUAAGUCGAGCUAUUAAAGAACGGCGGGUGGACGACAAAGCUUAUCACCAGGCCAGCGUCAAUACCUCUGCCAAGCUUGUAACCAAUGGGUCCACGUUGCAAUUGAGCAAGGAUGGCGGCUACACUACGGCAUCGUUGAUCCCGCCCCCAACGCACAAGCCGCGGGAUCUGGUGUCCAUUCCGGAUUGGCAAUACUUUCGUUUUAGUGGAGUCGAUGGUCUCAAAAUCGAUGGGACGAACUACGGCAUACCCCAAUCCAGUACUUACGAGAGCGACAUCAUGAAAUUGGCGGACGAUUUCUACUGGGACAUUGGAAACUCGGAUCGCUGGCAAUAUCAGAUCUGUUCCAAUGAAGAAAAUACGCAAAUGCUGGUCAAUGGCAGCAUCAUCGUUGAGGCUACAGGUUUUGGGAUCAAUGUUGAGCCACUUGCUGCUAUGUCUUGUGAAGACGUGGUACGGUACGCCAAUGUUCAGGGAGCUUAG